UCAUCUCCUUCACCCUCUCAAAUCUUUUCAGGCACAACUAAACCGAACCAUAAACACUUGAAAGUAUAACUAAAAAACUUCCUGAUCUAUCUGACAAUAGAUUCUUGGGCUCUUCUUUAUUUCGACAGAUUCUAAUCCGUUAUAGUUGUUUUAAACGAUAAGGUGAAAUUUUUGUUCUUAUAUAAUAUCAUACUCCUACUUCUUUAUCUGGGAAACUAGGGUUAUCCUGUGAAACUUUUAGCUAAAAAAUGGGGGUUGAAAAAAUGGUGUGUUUGGUUUCUCGCACUGGUCGCCAGUUUCAGAGAUACAACAAAGGUCGUCGUCAAGUCGUCGGAUGUAUUCCGUACAGAUUCAAGUUAACAAGUGAUGGUAAAAUUAGUGACAAGGUAGAAGUUCUAGUUAUCUCUUCUCAAAAGGGUCACGCCAUGAUGUUUCCAAAGGGUGGUUGGGAGCUUGAUGAAUCUGUGGAAGAAGCUGCAUCAAGAGAGUCUCUUGAAGAAGCUGGAGUUCUUGGCAACGUUGAGCAUCAACUAGGAAAAUGGGAUUUUUUGAGCAAAAGCAGAGGAACAUACUACGAAGGACUUAUGUUCCCUAUGCUUGUAACAGAACAACUUGAGCUUUGGCCUGAACAACAUGCUCGGCAAAGAAUCUGGAUGAACGUAGUAGACGCCAGAGAAGCCUGUAGAGAUUGGUGGAUGAAAGAAGCAUUAGAUGUUUUGGUUGGGAGACUCUCAUCACCAAUGAAUCAACCAAAGGAAGAGAAGACUCUUUCCAUCUCUAUUGAAACAAUGUGCUGAUUGUGAUGGGAGUUUUUGGACUAGUGUGUCUAUGUAGAUACAAAUUAGAUGGGUUUCAAUUAGUAAUGAGACAGCUGAAGAUCAAAGCAGAUGCAGAGCCGGAAAACAGAAAUUAUGAGUAGAUUUUUAGGUUUAAUAAGGAGCAAGAAAAUUAUCAUGUGAUUUUAACAAGUCUUGGAUGUCCUGUUUAUAAUGUUUCUGCAAGAUUUGAUUAAAGGGACGAUGAAGAGUUACGAACCUAAACCAAGAGUGCUAGCAAAAACUGCACAACUGUGUUUCCCUCUGUUUAUGUUUUUCAUCUCUCUUUGAAUUUGCAAUGGAGACACUUGAUUUGAUGAUUUCAUGAUGGUUUUUGUGUUUGAGAAAUAUUUAAUAAUGCAACUGGGUUGUACGUGUCAUGGUGUGAUUGUUUACAUGGAAAAGCAACAAUAAAUUACUCCAAUCAUAAGCUAUAUAAUAUGUAACGAAAACUUCUUUUUCCAAAUUCAUUAUAAAAAUAUCAAAAGGUUGAUGAGUCAUUUAUCAAAUUGGCUUUAUCUUUUAGAAAACUAUUGGUUCACAUUUUUAAUAACUUGUUUUUUUUUUUUGGGUCCAGCUACCUAUUCAUUGUCACCG